AUUGACCAGCAUUUCUUGAUAACUGCUCGUUUAAAUAAUCAGCGUUCACUGGAUGACGUGUGAAGCUCAGAGGCAGACAAAGAGGAGCAAGGUUGUUUGGUUUGGAGAAACUAAAAAAUAAGCAGAUUGUGCAAGGAGGAGGAGGAGGAGGAGGACAGCAGCAAGGAUCUGGACAUCCUCUUCUUCUCACCACUUCCUCUCCUCAGUUACACAACAGCAGAGCGUCGUUCUCCUGCACGCACCACUUCGCCAGGACUGCAAUGCAUUCUACCAUGACCUUGUGGAUCGUUUUCGCCGUGGCUGGGUUAACUGGGCUGAAUGGAGUAAGUGGGACCCCCGCUGAGACUGUGACACUUAAUGAUGCAAAUACAUCAGCUCAUCCCAACAGUGCACUGGAAACCUUGGAAGGAGAGGAGAACUUUUGGAAGCCAACUGUGGUUGUUGUGGUUGUGGAGGCAGAGGAGGAAGUGAUGGAGACUGGAGAGCUGAAUCCAAGUCACUACCCUGCUCAAAGAGCAGCCAAAGUGGUCCAGCAUUACAUCAACACCCAACAUGGCUCCCCGUAUAAAGUGUUCGGACUGCAGAGGGUCUUUCGCGCCAACGCAGAGGAUGUGUCCGACUCAGGAAGAAAGUAUCACCUGGAGCUUUCUGUGCAGGAGAUGGUUCACAAUACUACACUGGCCUGCACUGCAGAGGUUUUAUUUCCCGGAGGAGAGAAGACUGAGCAUUGGCCACAGGUCCAGGUUUCAUCAUGUGACGAGCUCUUGAAAAUCGACACAAGCGCUCAAGAGGAGGCAUUGUACCAAAAGUACAAUAUGAAUCACAGCCUGUCUACACAGAACCUGCCUGACAGUAAUGGGCACAUCGAGCCGGACCACGAACCUUUCUGGCAUCUGGGAACAGUUGCAUCCAGUUUCGUGAUGCUCAGAGAAUCCAACCAAAACACGUUGUACAACAUGGCACAAGUAGACAACGCCACGCAGCUGGCAACUGAGAAGGACCAGCUGAAGUUUGACUAUCAUGUACUGCUGCAUGACCUGGUGUCUCAGGAAAUCAUUCCGUGGAAGUUGCUGGUUACCUGGUCUCCUUUAGAGGGCGUUAAGGUGCAGAAGAUGGAGAAAAGUUCCAAUUGCCGUCACUGUAAUAAAUCCCAACCCUAAAACCAUUGAGCUAAAUGACACUUACUCAUUCUCCACGUGAGUGAAAUUGUCAUUGUUGGAUCUUCAGUUAGUACUAUGCAAUACUUUCAAGUAUAUUUUCAAAAACAAUAAAAUAUGUCCACAGAU